AUGGCGUCCCUACCCCGCCACGGCUGCCUGUUCCUCCUCCCGCUCCUCCUUUCCUUCGCAUCCCCUUCCCUCCCGCACCCCUCCUCUCUCCCACGUUCGCCGUCGUCGUCCGACCCAUGGCGUACCCCUCGUCGCCGCGCGACUCUUAACGACGACGUGCGACGGUCUGCGAUUCAGAGCGAGUACCCGAAUCUCAUGAAGUCGGCGACAGCGUUGUACCCCAACAGCGUCGUCGGCCCCUACGACUGGACGUACUUCCCUGACGAGUCACUGGAGGCAGCAGCCAAGGCGGCGGGGGGAGCGCUUUCCCCCUUUGGGGGGGCCAUGGGCGCAGUCACAGUGGAGUGCGGGCAGGAGCAGGGGGAUGGCCCGGGGGCAGGGGGAGGCGCAGGGGCGGGGAAGGGUGGGGGAGGGCAGAUGGUAGACGCAUCUGCUGCAGCUGCAAUCGCGGCUAUGGUGGGGGAAGGGUGGGGGGGCGGCGGUGGUAAGGGGAAUGGCACAGUGGGGGAAGGAGGGUCGGGGUUGGGGGGUAAGAGAGGGGGAGGGGCGGGGCAGUCGCACUGUGCCUUGUUCCACUCCACCGCUGUCUUCAGCCUUCCCGCCGACCAGCAACCGGUGGCGGGUGUGUGGAACGUGGGGGUGUUGAGCGAGUGGGGUCCAGCACGCACGCAGUCCCAGAUGGUGCUGCGGGGGGGCAUCCCUCCCAUUGUCUUCUCAUCCCCUCCCCCCACCUCUCAAGCCCCCCCAACUCCCUCACCCCUCCCAUCCCACGUGCUCGCAGCAACCGGUAGCAGGCGUGUGGAACGUGGGGGUGUUCAGCGAGUGGGGGGCGGCGCGCACGCAGUCCAAGAUGCACCGGGCAUGGACGCCCUGUACGGGGGCUCUCUCACUCACCAGUGCCUGCGCGCCUCCUCUCCCCCGCUCCUCUUCACCCUCGCCAUCCCCCAGCCCCUGCCCAAGCUCCUCAUCUCCAUCUACCCCGAACCACCCUCCUCCUCCUCUGCCUCCUCCGCCUCCCCCCUCCCGUCCUGGCUCACGGGUCACGCCCGCUCCGCCAACGCCUCUCCCUCCGUGCAGCUGCGCCGCAUGGCUCUCCUCGGCCCGUCGAAUCGCGGCGCGCCAGCUGGACCCUCCUUUUCCGUGCAGCCGCGUUCAGAGACCGAGGAGCAAGCAGGCAGCAGCAACAGCGGCGAUGUUAGGGGCAAUGGAGGGCAGGAGGGGAGGGGGGGAGCGGAGGGGGGGGCGGGGGUGGACGUGUGGUGGAGCGAGGGGCGCAUGGACAUUGGCAGCUGGCAGGCCGUGGCUGACCCGGGCUCCUGGCACCUGCUGCUCUCCCACCCUGCCAGCAGCGCUGCGCGGAGUGGGUCCGGUAAUGGCAGCACAGCUAGCAACAGCAGCAGCAGCAGCAUUGGUGUCAACGGUAGUACCAGUGUUAGCAGUGGUGGUGGUGGCAGUGGUGGUAGGGAGGGGGGAGAUGGAGGGUGGUGGGCGUCGCUGUGGGGGGGGUCGUGGGCGCACGGGCAGCAGGGGGGGGCUGCGGAUGAGGGAGAAGGGGGCGGAGAGGUGUGUGUGAGCAUCCAAUGGAAGGCUGCCACGUGUUUCCCCCGCCUCACUGGGUCUCAGUGCCAGUGGCCGCUCAUUCCCCUCGAGCCGCACCUGCUCUCAUGGUCGUACGAGUCAGGCCUUGACGCAGCCUACCUGCCCCCCGCCUCGCCUGCCCCGCCCUCCCUGUGGGCGUCGUGGUUCCCCGUGCCCGUUGCCGCCUCGCCCUCCCCUGCGCGCCCCUCCUGGGCCUUCCUCUCGCUCGCUCCGCCCUUUGGGGCGCGCGGGGGCGUUCUCUCCAUCCACCUGCGCCUCCGCCCGCUCAGGCAGGGCCCAGGGGCGGACGGGGAUGGGGAAGGGCAAGGGGGAGAGGCGGAGAGUGGAGGCAGUGGCAACAACAGCAGUGCAGGGGGGGUGGCAGUGGGGUCAUCCGGUGCAGCUCCGACGGCGUUUGUGUAUCUGCUCGUGCGUGCCGGUGGCCUGCCGUCCCUCACACGCUUUGAUGCCUCCGCUGUCGCACCGGCCACAGAUAUGGCGGCCAGGGGCGGGCAGCUGUCGUUGGAGCUCAUCCACCCCGCGGAGGUCACCACCUUCGUGGCCGUGGGGCUGGACGCUGCCGCGCCUCGCACAAGCGAGGGGGGCAAGGAAGAGAGUGACGAAGAGGGGGAGGGGGAGGGGGGCGACGGGGAGUGGGCGUGGGAGUGGGAGGUGCGGGUGGUGCAGCAUGGGUGUCCCAACGGCUGCUCGGGCAGUCCCUGCCACGUCAUGGCAGACGGCGCCUUCCAAUUCGGUGUCUACUACUGCUUCUGCGAUCGGUCGCACGGGGGGGUGGACUGCUCCAUUGAGACCGUCUCACAGCUAGGCAUAGAGCAGCAGCGCUGGGCGCUGGUGGGGAGCAACGUGGUGGCUGUGCUGCCAGCCAUGGUUUCGCUGUACCUUGGAGCAUACCCCGAGUGGGUGAUGUUCUCGCUCAACGGGCUCUGCAGCGCCCUCUACCACCUGUGUGACACGGACGGCUGGUGCGCUGCGCGCUACCCCACGCUGCAGUUCGCCGACUUCUACUCGUCCUUCCUGGCCGUGCUGCUGGCCUUCCUGCACGUGGCCCAAGUGCCCAUCUGGCCGCGCUUCCUCUUCUUCGUCCUCGCCUCCUUCUCCACCGCUGUCAUGGCUGUCGACCGCGCCACCAGUGGGUGGAGCAUCGUGGUGCUGCUGGCGCUGGGAGCAGCGGCGCUCAUCACCGGCUGGUUCAUUCGCCUCGCUGCUCUGCGCCGCUCCUCCUCCGCCUCCUCCUCCGCCGCCCCUCAUGCCCCCCACACGCCUCUCGAGGCGGCAAGCUGCGCUGUGCAGUCCGCGGAAGAGCAAGGGGGCUCCCGGCAUGGGCACGUGGAGGAGGAGGGCGCGUCUCUGCUGCCGCCCCCUUGCAGCAGUGACGGGGAGUGGCCAUGUGGGGUCACGAGGGAAAGUAAAGCGGGGCAGCACGCAUCGGUGGCAGUGGUGCUGCGUGUGCUGCUGGCGCUGCUGGCCACGUUCCACGUGCCGUCGCUGCUGCUGGGCGCCCUGGCGGCGCUGCUGGCGGCCUCCAGCUUCCUCGUGGAGGUGCCCGCCACCUACUGGAUCUGGCACAGGUGGGGGGGGGAAAGGGGAGUGGGAGGUGGCGUGGGGGAAUGGGACGUAGAUGGGGGAGCCUGA